AAAGCUCCCCGCUUAUGAGCUUCAUUAUGCUUUUUAUGUCGCUUUGUGUAUAGUGACCACUUAUUGAUUUUCUCUAAUAUUAACUUUGUCUACUUGUGUUGUGGACCUAUAUUUUCUGGAAUAUUUUUAAUUUGAAGUCUUACAAGAACUUUGAAAACGCGGGCUACAACUUGAAUUUUGAAGAUUUGUGAAGAAACAUAAAGCCUUCUUUCGAGCAAUGGAGCGCCAUCAAGACUCAAAAAUUACGAAGAAAUUUACCGCUACAACAUGGAGGUCCCACCUGGAGUUUUUGAAGAGAUUUCAACGAUGUACUGUGAAGCUUACGGAGAGAAAGAAGCGUGAAAGAUCAAGAUCGCCAGAAAGAAGAAGUGACAGGAAAAAUGAUUUCCCCUGUCCCAGUCCAAAAUCCGUGCUUGUGUCAAUUUCUCGAAUUUUUCAUGUCCAAUCAUCAACACCAACACCAUUCCUCGUGAUUGUAAUCCCUCCCUGUUUCUUCAACAAUUAACUUUAAUUUAAUUAUUUUAGUAUUGUAAUUAUUGAAAUCUCCAGCGAUUGUAAUCACCCCUUCCACACCCCUUCCACAUCCCUUCCACAUGGAAGUCCCUUACCGAGUGUAGAAGUCUUUAACACCUGACAACUUCUACAACCUGAAAAAGUUUUCUUGACACCUGACAAAACUCUUUUCACAUAACAUCUAGACCGCUUCUAAUCUAUUUAUCCUGAAACUAUCUGGAUCAUCUUUAAAGAUAGCUGAAAUGUAACUCCUAACAUUUAUUCAAUUCAUCACAUUCCAUCAAAAGUACCUUCUCUCAUUCUCUUUUUCUCUGUUAUCUCAAAACUCAAAUUUACCCAAAUUCAAGAACUCAACUCUUUUUAUCUUAUCCACAAGUCCAUUCCUUCCAAAAAAGGCCAUUCAUGAUCUAUCCACUGCUGAUAACAAAUAUAAUUAAUUAUUUAAUUUCAUAUACUUGUUCUAAAUAAAUAUUAUUCCUUUGU